AAUGGGACUAAAUCUUGGAGCAGAUACCAGUUAUUUGGUAGCGACCAUAUAUCUCACUUUUCUUUUCACGGUUGCUGUCAUGAUGAGUUUAAGAGCACGUACGCGCCUUCGGGCGUUUGCCUGCUUCCUCACCUAUGUAGGAUUGACCAUUGCAAUCAUCGGUCUUCUGCGUGCCAAAGCUUACUUGAGUCCUGGUUGGUACUGGGCAUGGAAUUUUUUAGGCGAAGGCUUGGCAGUAGUGGCUUUAACUCUGACAAUUGUCUCUGUUGGAUCUGGUUUCUAUCCUAUGGCAGGGAAACGGAAUCUCUAUUGGCGGUUGUCUAUGAUUCUGAUCAGCAUCUAUGGAUUUCUUUCAUUAGUGAAUGUGGCACUUUAUGUCAAUGAAAAGCUCUACCCCCGAUUGAUCGACGGCCCAGCAGUUCUACAGCUUCGCAAAGACAUAGUAAACGUAGGGUUUCAAAGUGUUACUGCACUUGCAUAUGAGCUUAAGAAAACGCAGACUAUGAACUUGAUUCCCAAAUUUGAUACCGGAUUAUAUGGUGCGCAAGAUUGGCGGCAACUUUGUUGGUCAGAGCGUGAGAUGUUCUCGAGACCCGAAGUAGCUUUUUACUUGGCUCAUCAAUACCUCAUGAUAGCGACCUGCCUAUGGUCUUGCAUGUAUCUCUUUGUUCCUUUGGUAAUGCACCAUCGUCAUGGCCCUAUAGGUCGACCUGUUGAUAGUGAUAUGAUGGCUGUCGGUGUCUGGUAUCUGAGCUGUAUCAUGUUAUUGGCUAUUGUAUAUACGUCGCUCAAUAUAAUGUACAUUGCUAAGCCAGAGUACAUUUUCCAGCAGCAAAUGCAGGCAUUAGAUCUUUGUGUGCGCAUAACUAUCGGCCCUAUCUUCUUCCUUCCCGCUCCAGGGUUCCUUUUGCGGUUUUAUCGAGAGCAUUUUAAAAAAUUCAGGAGUCACAAUAGCAAUUCAGCUCGUAAUGGUGGCGGCACAGGAAGGAACAUGGGCUCGGGGAAUCAAGACAAUGGUUCCUUCACGAAUGACAGCAAUGCUCUCGCAAGCUUUCCUCAGCCUUCCAUAUCUUUAGACGACACACGAAUUGGGAGUAGUCGAACCGAUGGUAGUGCGACUCGUUGUUCUUUUGACAUGAGUCCUGACAAAACUACUAGUACUCAACACAAGCUUCAAGAUCCAACUAGUCCGAAAAGUAUUUACAAUCCAAUGAAGAUCUUUCAAUCGCGUGAACGAGGUACAUCUGUCGAAAGCAGCAGAGUUCUGAACAAGGAUUUCGAAUGUGGAUCUUCGUCACAAUCACAGUAUGAAGACAGGUCCGAGUCUUUUCACUUGCCUUAUUACAGCAGCAGCAGUCAUAACACAGACACCGUAAACCUAGCCCUAAUGGAUUCAUCACGACACUGUCCAACAUCAACAUUGGAUAGUUAUAAUAGUAAUGUCAAUGAGUCUGAAAAGAGCAAAAAGACAUAUUGCGAUCAGAGCCAAGUGAAGUCAUCAGUUAUCUUGGAGGCCCCACAAACGUCACAGACACUGCAGACACUACAGCCAAUAUUGACGGAGGAGCACUUGCGCACUGCUGCUAGCAGGAAUGGGGCCUUUGCUACGAGCAGCCGACCAGAUAUGGAGUACACUCAAAAUGGCUCAAAGUCCCAUCAAGAGUACAACAAUAUGUUCGCUCGAGAUUUAGAAUCUAAAGAUAACACGACAAAGUCAGAGCAGAUUGGAGAACAUGGUUCUCAAGGUUCCAAAAAUAUGAGUUCUAGUGACUGCACUAAAGACAAGUUGAAUAAGAUGUCCAGUGAUAACAAUGAUGGGGUUUCCGUCUCAGACUCUAUCCCUUCCCUCGACACCCCGAUUGAACAGCUCACGGGUCUACAGAGACAAUUGGCCGAGCAUCGUUCUGCACUUCUGCCCAAGGUACUUGCAUACCAGGCCUAUCAUGAGGACCGCGCGACUGCAGAACCGUUCGACCGUACAUUCCAACUGCCAUCCGUCAACCCAUAUUGCUUGGAUUCACCGCGUCCCAGUAUUAAUGAAGCUCGUACCUUGAGUGAUCUACCCACCCGUUUGUCUAGCGAUGGACUCUCAAAGGUCGAUAAAAAUGCUCUUUCUUCUACAUCGUUGUCACCAUCAUCAACGGCAACAGGAGGUUUCACCAGUCGACUUGGAUUGGGUAUAGACCUUGAAGCCAAGUCACCUUCCCAUAUAAUCGAUCCCUCACUUUGGUCUACGCCUCCAGUAUCUGCCCGGUCUAACUUUUCGUCAGAAAUCGACAACUCAUACAACAUUACUUCUACAGGCAGUGGCAGCAAUAGCAGUCAUAGUAAUAAUAAGCACCGUGAUAGUAAGUCCGUUGAUGGCUUCAAAGCUGUCUUCAAGGCUUUCAAUGGAGGCGAUCGAUCCGGUAACUCAAAGUCUUCCCAAGCCGCUCAUGAUCAUAAGGAUCGUAGCGGCAGCUAUCACAAUAGGAGGACUGAUGGGCCACCGGAUCCGAGCCAAAGUCCGAUUGCUGCUACAGUGGAAGAGCUGGCGCAACUGUCAGUGGUCAAGAAACGCGAUGAUGAGAUUCAGAGAGGCCCUCUAGCCCUUGAUUAUACAGAUCCAUAUGAUCAUCGACCCGGCAAACGCACACAAGGGAGAGGCCCCGGUUACAACACAAUCACGUCUGAGAAUGCUAAAAGUUCAUCCACGGUUUCUAAGCCAUCGUCAACGCCGAGCUUGGGAUCCUCCAAAUCGCGUGACAGUCUUUCAAAACAUAGUGGAUCCUCUUAUUUUUCCUACAAGGAUAAAGAUAAGGAAAAGGAAGGAUCCUCGCGACCUACAUCACCAGGGUCUAAAAAACCGAGCUCUAAGCAGUCCGCAGCAGCAGGAUCAAUAUCGUCGCGCGCAUCGCGCUCCAAGUCUGAUUUGCCUGUAUACCGUGAAGGUGUCGAGACAUCACCACGGACGCCCGCCUUUGAUGUGCCAUUCCUCUUCAACUCCCUAUCCGAUGUUUCGUCCGCCGAGUCCCCAGUGUCUCCUCCUGCCAUACAACGAGCCCUGUGCGUCAUUAGCAGGAAACCCGUUGCCGUUCCUAAGCACUACAAGGAGCUCAACAACACCCUCCGGACGACGUGA